GGGCGGAAUAAGCCAUAAUGGCGAGUCUAUCCAGUGUCUUUACUGAGGCGGAAAGGACCAACUGGCUGAAGGCGUGGCUGGCAGUUGACAUUGCAAAGUCGGGCUUAGAGUCGUUCGUGGAUAAUGAAGCUAAAACUUUACACGCUAAUAUAUUAAAAGCUGUCUGGGGUAGUAGUCAGGCGCCAGCCGCAUGUAUAGGCUGCCAUACUGCAAACUUGCUGAAAUGCCCGACACAAGGCGUAUGCAAUAUACGAGGAGGACGUGGUACAUGUACAUCUAUGCAUUAUAAUGCUUCGAAACAAACACGACCUUGUCUUGCAAAUGUAUGUAAUAAAGUCCAUGACGAAAUUGUUAAGCAACAUACGUUUAGUAUUCCGUCAUGGAAAAAUACAUCAGCGCAACAAUGGGCAAAAAAUCCAUGGGAAAUUGCCAAGGCUUAUUUCCCUCCAGACGGAUAUGCUGAAAAAACUUCAGUUCAAGAUACCGACUUCAACGGGCUCAUGAGCUUUAUGAUGAACUGCAAACACUUUAACAACAUGUUUUCAUUCGUCAUAGCUGUAGGAAAACAUAAUCCCCCUUGUCUACUAACAAAGGCACGAGAGAUUGGCAGAACUGUCCGUCAUUCGUCGCAGUGUAAAGUAACAGAUCCAGACCUCCGGGACAUCUUCACAAUACUGACUAGCCUGCUGAGUGACUCGAAGUGUCUAUCACAUGACGUUACUGCACAAGAGGCUCUGAGGAAAUUAGCAGAGCUGGAACGGGAUACAUUGAGGAUAACCACGGAGGAGAUGAUUCAUCUACUAAAGGCUGCUCAAGAUACACUUAAGACAGUUGAACACAUUGCUGAUAAAGCUCUGGAUGAGAUGAAGAUGCAUCUUGAACAGUGUAGAAAGGAUCUCAAUGCACAUACGGACAAAUGUAAACAGGAACUUGAUGAGCACACUGCAAAAUGUACAAAUGCAAUAGAUGAACAUGUGAGCAAGACGGUUGAAUCGACCUAUGAGCAAUCGUGUAAAGAACUGAUCGAACGUACGAAGAAGCUUUACAGGGACACCUUAAAUCACGUUACCAUAUCUCCAUUAAAUGACUACAAACAUGAAAAAUUAGGAGAUGUUUAUAUGCCGCCGAAAAUUGUUCAAAUGUUCGAGGACAAAGGUGUUUUUAAGAAAACAGACAAACAGGUUACGCAGUACAAGGGUGUGUUUUUAACAGAUUACAAUGUUAACCGACGAAUAUUUCUUCAAGGUGAGGCGGGGUCUGGAAAAACUACAUUCCUAUCCAAGUUAGCCCUGGACUGGUGUGGAGAACCGCAUAAUAUUAGUGCAUCUGAUAACAGUUCACUUUUCUUUAGUGAUAUCGACGUUUUGCAAAGCUUUGUGUUUGUUUUCCAUAUUACAUUGAGAAAUUCGGUAAAACAAUUUGACGUAUAUACUUUGAUUAAACAACAAAUAAUAGACUCGAUUUACUCUCAGGAAGACCGUGAGAAGGCGUACAAACUAGUGAAUGAGAUCAUGAAACGUGAACAAUGCUUGAUACUACUUGAUGGUCUAGAUGAGUGGACCGGACCAGGAGAUCAUCACAACCUACCGACAUUGGUAGUAGAUCACAGCAAAUGUGUGAUGUUAUUUUCAACACGACCUUGGAAAUUGGCUGAAUUAAAAAUUACGCAUUUGGACAGAUACACGUCGGUGCAAUUGGAAGGAGUAAACAAGCCAUUUGAGCUCAGCAGAUUAAUACUGGGCCGCUUGGUAGAUAAGGAUGAUCUUGAAUUAAAAUGCUCAGCAUUUAAGCAUUACAUAGCGAAACAGAAGCUCGACAAUUUACUGGCAUCACCCAUGAUGCUCUCUGCAAUUGUUUGUUCAUUUGCAGAGGGAAUAGAACUCAAAGGCUCUAAGUGUGAAAUAUACAUUCUCUUACUGGAAAGUCUUUUUAAGAAAGCGAACAGUGAAAUGCGUACAUUUGAACAUCCCCCGUCUUCAUGCUUCACAGAGACUCAAUACAUACAGCCAAAUAUAGAUGCCCUAAAUCGCCUAGCCGAAUUAGCAUUUCAUUUGUUGUUUGUAAAUACAAAGGAAAAUUCACUAGUGUUUAGUAUAAGCGAAUUACGACAAUUUAAGUUGGAUGAACAAGAGCAAAAGGAAUUUGCAUUACAAUCCGGAAUUUUGUCGUCAGCACGAAACGCUGCUUUACUGCGACCGUCAUCUUCAUUUUCGUUUAUCCACUUGAGCAUGCAGGAAUUCCUCGCUGCUUAUCAUAUUUCCCGCAAUACCGAUCUCGUUGAUGGCGUUAUUUCUGUUUAUCUUAACCGCCAAAGGGAAGCAUAUCGCGACAUAUCACAGGUGUUUAUAUUCCUGUGUGGACUAGAUGUAACGUGUGCGGAAAAGCUAUCAAGCAUGAUGGAUGAACGCAAUGCUUUGAGUCAAUCAAUCAUACUGGCAGGACACAGAGAAGCUGGAGCCACACUUCUCUCAUUUUAUUAA